AUGUCAGAUCCAGUUGAACCUGUCAAACCAGUAGAAGAAAAGAAACCAGUUGCUGAAAAAAAGCCAGCUGCUGAAAAAAAACCAGCUGGUGAAAAGAAACAAGCUGCUGCCAAACCAAAAAAAGCUAAUGUAAUGGAAACCCUCGAAACCCCAGAUUACAUUAAAGAAAGAAUUGCCAUUUGGGAAGGUUUAAAAGCUCAACACUUAGAAGCUAUUAAAAAUUUACCAGAUGAACCAAUUUUAAUUACAUUACCAGAUGGUAAAGUUAUUCAUGGUGUUAAAAACAAGACCACCCCAUAUGAUGUUGCCAAAGGUAUUUCACGUGGUCUUGCUGAUUCAAUUGUCAGCUCAAUCGUUAAUGAACAAAUUCACGAUAUUUCAAGACCAUUAGAAGGUGAUUGCAAAUUAGAGUUAUGCAAAUUCGAUACUGAUGCUGGUAAAAAAACUUUCUGGCAUUCGUCUGCUCACAUUUUAGGUCAAGCUAUGGAAAGAGUUUAUGGUGGUCAACUCUGUAUUGGUCCAGCUACCUCUGAAGGUUUCUAUUAUGAUAUGGCAAUGGGUGAAAAAAUUGUUUCAGCUGAAGAUUAUAAAUUAAUUAAUGAAGUUGCAAUGAAAAUUGUUCAAGAAAAACAACCAUUUGAAAGAUUAGCAGUUCCAAGAGAUGUUGCCUUAACUAUGUUCAAAUAUAAUAAAUAUAAGACUGAAAUCAUUUCAAAGAUUCCAGCUUCAGAAACUGUAUCAUUAUAUCGUUGUGGUACUUUAGUUGAUUUAUGUAGAGGACCACACGUUCCAAAUACCUCAUACGUCAAAGCAUUUUCAGUUAUUAAGAAUUCAUCAGCCUAUUGGUUAGGUAAAGCUGAAAAUGAUACUUUACAAAGAGUCUAUGGUAUUGCAUUCCCAGAUAAAAAACAAAUGGAAGAAUAUGAAAACUUUAUGAAAGAAGCUGCCCUUAGAGAUCACAGAAAUAUUGGUAGAGCUCAAGAACUUUUCUUCUUCCAUCCAUUCUCUCCAGGUAGUGCCUUCUUUUUACCACACGGUACCAGAAUUUACAAUAAAUUGGUCGAUUUCAUCAGAGCAGAAUAUCACAACAGAGGUUUCAGCGAAGUUAUUUCCCCAUCAGUUUUCUCACAAAAAUUAUGGGAACAAUCUGGUCAUUGGGCUAAAUACUCUGAAAACAUGUUCAAUAUUCCAGUUGAUAAAGAAACUUUCUCAUUAAAACCAAUGAAUUGUCCAGGUCAUUGUUUAAUGUUUGGUAGUCGUCAAAGAUCAUACCGUGAAUUACCAUUACGUUUUGCUGACUUUGGUGUUUUACAUCGUAACGAAUUAGCUGGUGCUCUUACUGGUCUCACCCGUGUACGUAAAUUCCAACAAGAUGAUGCCCACAUUUUCUGUACUGUAGAUAUGAUUGAAAAUGAAAUCAACAGUUGUCUUGAAUUCAUGCAACACGUUUAUGGUAUUUUCGGUUUCGAAUUCCAAUUAAACCUUUCAACUCGUCCAGAGAACUUCCUUGGUGAAAUCUCUCAAUGGAAUGAAGCUGAAAAAUCAUUAGAAAAAGCUUUAAAUAGAUUUGGUAAACCAUGGCAAUUAAACCCAGGUGAUGGUGCUUUCUACGGUCCAAAGAUUGAUAUUCAAAUCUACGAUUGUCUCAAAAGAGCUCAUCAAUGUGCCACUAUUCAAUUAGAUUUCCAAUUACCAAUUCGUUUCGAUUUAGAAUACCAAUCUGAUGACGCCACUGAUGUUAAAAAGAGACCAGUUAUCAUUCAUAGAGCUAUUUUAGGUUCAGUAGAAAGAAUGAUGGCUAUUUUAAUGGAACAUACCGCUGGUAAGUGGCCAUUCUGGGUUUCACCACGUCAAGCCAUCGUUGUUACUGUCGCUAAACAACACAAUGAAUAUGGUCACAAGGUCGCUAAACAAAUCUCCGAACUUGGUUACUAUUGUGAUAUCGAUGAAUCCGAUAAAACUAUUGGUAAAAAAGUUAGAGAAGCUCAACUUGCUCAAUACAAUUAUAUUUUAGUUGUUGGUCAAGAAGAGAUCGAUAAUAAUAAAGUUAAUGUUCGUACAAGAGAUAAUGUCGUUAGAGGUAGUAUUUCCGUUGAAGAACUUGUAGCUGAAUUUGCAGUCCUCUCAAAAGAAUUCAAAUAA